AUGUCGGCCCCACCGGUUGACUACUAUGCCGCGCUCGAAAUCGACUCCAAAGCGACACAGCAACAAGUUAGAGAUGCCUAUAAGAAACAAGCACUCCGCCACCACCCCGAUCGCGUGCCAGCCGAUAGUCCCGAACGCCAAAGCCGCACGAAGAAGUUUCAGCAGAUCAACGACGCAUACUACACCCUCUCCGACGAGUCCCGACGACGAGACUACGAUGUGACGCGCAACCAAUUCCACGGCUUCGGUGGUAGACCCACUGCGGGCCAAGAUGUACCCAUGCCAGAAGCAGGAGGCUCUAUGCCGGGAGGCUUCCCGUGGUCUGCGUUCGGAUUCGGAGGCAAGGCGAAGACGGAGGAAGAUGCGAAUACGUAUAGCAACGAGCAAUUCGGCGAUGUGUUUGAGGAGAUGAUGCGGGAUAAUGACAUGGCCGAUGGCGAUAAGAAACCCACCAAGCUGUUCUGGUCGAUCGUAGGCGGAGCGAGUGGAGGUGCCAUGGGUUUCAUCGUGGCCAACCUUCCGGGUGCGAUCGCCGGUGCUGUUGCCGGCAACCGUCUGGGUGCCGUUCGGGAUAAGCGGGGGAAGUCGGUAUACAGCGUCUUUCAGGAACUGGACCAACCGGAGAAGAUGCGCCUGCUUUCCCAGCUGGCGCAGAAAGUCUUCGCACACGCCAUCAGCUGA